AUGCCUUUCGGCCUCUGUAACGCGGCUGCUACAUUCCAACGGCUGAUGCAGGUAGUGUUGUCACACCUCUAUCCGCGCCAGUGCCUCAUCUACCUUGACGACGUUAUUGUCUUCGGCAAAACUAUCGCCCAGCAUAACGAUAAUCUACGCGCCGUGCUCCUAGCGUUGCGCGAGGCAGGCCUUACGCUUAACCCACAGAAGUGUCAAUUCCUGCGAGAAAAGGUUAAUUACCUAGGACACGGUGUCAGCCCGUCGGGUAUCAAAGUCUCAGCUGAAAAGGCGGAAACUAUCCUCACUUGGCCGACGCCAAACUCCACCACGGAAGUCAGAAGCUUUAUCGGGUUGGCGUCCUAUUACAGACGGUUUAUUCGCGAUUUUGCAGGUAUUGCGCGUCCGUUACACCGACUUACAGAAAAAGGGCGCGAAUUUCGUUGGACGGACGAAUGCCAGGCCGCGUUUGAUGAGCUGAGAACCCGCCUGUCGAGAGCACCGAUACUUAUGCUCCCCAAUACCACCGAGACGGCGCCACCCUUCGUAAUGGACACGGACGCCAGCGCCUUCGCCAUGGGAGGUGUACUUUCGCAAACCGACGAUAACGGCCUAGAACGCGUUAUCUGUUUCGCUAGUAAAACACUCAGUAAGCCCCAACGAAAUUACUGCACAUAUCGACGUGAAUUAUUGGCCAUUGUCACCUUCGUUAAACAAUUCCGGCCAUAUCUGCUAGGAAAGCCGUUUGUCAUACGCUCCGACCAAGAGGCCCUGCAAUGGCUACAAAACAUGAAGGACGCAGAGGGUCAACUUGCUCGCUGGCAGGAAAUGCUACAGGAAUAUCAUUUCACUUGUACAUACCGCCCCGGGAAACAGCACGGCAACGCCGACGCCUUGUCCCGACGGCCAACAACACCAGCCACACACGAUGAAGACCGCGCGUUAGGCGAAAUAAACGCCAUUUACGCCAGCGAACCAGCUAGACAUCACUGGGCAAUAGCCCAGAGCACGGACCCCGAUACCGCAGUAGUUUACGACCACCUGUUAAACCGGCGACACCGUCCUACGGACGAUGAAUUGCGUGGGUCGUCAGAAGAAGCACAUAUACUGCGGAGCCAAUGGCCACGGCUGCAUAUCGACGAAGAUAUCCUUCUCAUUAAGGACGAGAGCACGAAAACCGACAGAGUAGUAGUACCAGGCAGCCUCAUACACGGGGUCCUCACGGAUCUACACAACGAGUUAGGCCACGUCGGACAAGCCAAGACAGAAGCCGCCACUCGGCAGCGAUUUUGGUGGCCCCAUCUACGAGAACACGUCGCCACCUUCUGCAAUACAUGCACCACGUGCGCGACGUUCAAGGCACCUAGACAACUCCCACGUGCACCGUUGCAACCCAUGCACACUAGCUUUCCGUUCCAGCGGCUGGGCCUGGACAUCAUCGGGCCCCUCCGCUUUACGACAACCGGUCAUCGGUUCAUACUGGUGAUGGUGGAUUAUUUCACCAAAUGGGCAGAGGCUGUGCCGCUAUUACGACAGGACGCAGUGUCGCUCACCAACGCAAUCUUUAACAACUGGAUUUGCCGGUUCGGUGUUCCGUUGUCAAUACAUACCGACUGCGGGGCUAACUUCGACAGCAAACUGCUGCAAGAGGUUUGUGACCUCCUCGAUAUCUACAAAACUCGCACCACUCCAGCACAUCCCGAAGGCAACGGAUUGGUUGAACGAACUAACCGUACCUUGAAUCAACUGUUGAAGGCGUUCGCGGAAGACCAUCACCCCCAAGACUGGGAUAAACGACUACCGUGUGCCAUGAUGGCGUACCGCGCUAACACACACACGUCGACGGGCUACCCACCUUUCUUUAUGCUAACCGGACGUCAAUUUCGCCUUCCCGCAGAUUCACGGUUCCCACAACCUGCCGCAAACGAAUACGCACCAGAUAGCUACGUUUGGCAGCUGCAGGAUUUGCUACGCUCCACCUACACACUCGCCCGUAACCACCUAGGAGCGGCCGCCGAACGACAGAAAACAUACUUUGACCGUCAAGUCCACGGCAACCCUUACCAACUAGGCGAUUUGGUUUGGCGUUUCCUACCAGUACCACCCUUAGGAACGGCGGCCAAGUUCUUUCACUCGUGGGAAGGACCAUUCGUUGUUGUCGAUGUCAUACACCCCACCACGUAUGUAUUGCGCGAUGCUUCACGCCCCGACGGACCCACCUUCACCACCCACUUCGACAAGCUAAGACCCUAUAGAGGGCGACUACCCACCGCCACCGCGGACGUAACCCCCAUCAUUCCCCCACAUUUAGUUCCCACCCCAGUGGUUGAAGAAACAGUGGACAUGACCCAGCCAGACAGCCCUGCGGACAGGGCUCCAUCUGAGGAGGGGGGUAUGUAAGAACCGAAAAGGCAAGUUUGUUUAAAAGAGAGGAAGAACGGGCGAGCGGGAAAAGAAAAGGAGGCGGGAGGUUUCGUGCCGUGGUUUGAGUACGCCUUCUCUCUGGUGUUUCAGGUGAAGACGGCGAACGUGAACAAGGAAACACCCAAAACCCCGUGGAUGUCGUACCUCCGAGGCCACCCACCUGACCAGCAAGUGUUUCCUCUUCCCUCCUCUACCCCCUGAGACUUUCCACGUUCUUGAUCCCCCACCUUGCCCUCUCGUUUUCGUAUCUCUCCCUUUUCCAAUAUUUCGUUCCUGUUACAUUCUCUUUGACUGUUCGAACCACUUCUGUACGUUGUGCCGUUGUCUGGUCGUCUGAUGGCAAGAUCUAAGCCCAACCGUUCAGGAAAGAGGAAAACGGCCCCGUCUCCAUCUCCUUCUACCGAGUCAGUCGACAUAAGUCCGAAACCAGACCCCCAACUGAAACCCCAGUGCGGUCCGCCUACUACACCAGUGCUCGAGCGUCCUACUUCGGCUACUUCGUUAGCCUUCUGGGGUAUUUAUAGGGUCUCAGGCGUUGCAGUAGUCCAAAGAUUCGAAUCCGGCGUUGUGAUUGGUCGAGUGGCAUUGUGAAAAGAAAACAGAGCAAACGUUAGUCAUCAUCAUUCCACUUUAUUUGUACUUAUUGCCUAUUUCUUAUGUUCAGUAAUUUUAUAAGAAAGCUAAAUUAUAACAAACAAGACACUACGUUUUAACUCACCACUAUGCAUAGUCAAAGUUGGUCCAACAACACCAAUCCCAUAGAUGAUAGUAGCGCUCGCGUGAGGUUACGGUUCAUUACACAGGUGUAACGUGCUCAACCAAGAUGAGGACUAGUCACGAUACACACAGUCCAUUCUGAGCCCCGACGACAAGGAAAGACGAUGCCGAUCCUUAACAGUCUUAUCAGACGGAAGACCGCACCAGAAACACCGUGGAUGCAUGGAGACGCUUACAUAUUUUUGGCCGGCCUACCAGCCGCGUUCGAUGAAGUGGCGAGGACACCCGUUGGCCAUGAAGACGCGCUGGAGGUAACGUAAUUCCGGCUUUUGUUCUGCGGCUCGUUGUAGUGUCUCUGCACUUCUGCAGAGUGUUCGCACUCCGUUGCGUUUGCGGCUUAAGGGGUGCUUACUUUGGUAGCUAGGGGUUUUGCGUGUAUUAGAAACAUUCCUUGGACCAUUGUUUUUAGGUGUCCGUUGGAUUUUCGAUGCAGGAAGACGUCAAGGAACGGCUGUUGGUUGUUGAUUUCCGCCACCAUUGUAAACCGGAUGUCAGAGAAAUCUGAGUCCAUGACAUCGUGGAAUGUUUGGACUGACUUCUGAAGAAAUUCAAAAGCCGCAAUGAUUGAAGAUUUAAGGUCCAGUUAAAUUAUAUCGUUCAUCCUCCCUAAAUGAAGACAAGGAUUAAGGGGCGAUUUUUCGGAUUUCACUGUGCAUGUGUUGACGCUUGGGAAACUUCCUGAUUUCCAUUAUCAGAGUAAUGGGGGUGUCAGUUCAUGCUAGUCUUGAACUGUUCUGUCUCGCCGCCUGUCCCGUGUCACAGGCAUGCCUUACGCACAAAUUCUGACCUGCCUUCGGCUGAGGAUUGUCUUUGGUCUCCCCGUGGGCGAUUGCUGGUGCACACGUGUGACCUCUUUCCCCCGCGGUCGCGGGAUCGAAUGCCAGGUGUUGCACGCCUCGGAUUGACGGCGGCCAACAAGCCAAAAAUGGCCAUGUGUAUACAUGUAUACAUUAGGAAGAUGGGAUUCUUUGGGAAACAGUAAACUUCAUUGUGCAAAUUUUUGAGACUGGUUCCCCAGCUCGUCUUCAGACAACGGGCGUGCAAAAACAAUUAACUUAUAGACCGAGUCUGACAAAAGGAUUCUAUGAUUGUUAAAGUCAUCUUCUCGGGAUUGGUUGAGUCAGUUUGAAUUUGUCCUUAACGAUUUUGUAUGUGGCAUCUAAAUCGAUAUGCCGGUUGAUGCAUGCCUCAUCUGAGUGCAUUGCCUCCGGGAAUUCGCGGCCUUUGCUUAUUGGGCAGGCGCCAACAAUGCGAGUGUUUUCCCAUGCAAGUUUGUGCCAAGUGUCUAGUGUGUGCAUGACCACCUGAGAUAGAUGGUCGCGUCUCUUUACCGCUAACUGAUGUUCAUGUAUAGGGGUUGAGAUAGAUUUCCCAGUUUAGCCACAAUAGACGGCAUCAGAACUAGAACAUGGGAUUUUAUAGACAACACUUUUUCUUUCAAGGUAGUUAACCCUGUUCUUAGGGUGUAAAAGCUGUGUGUGUAAGGUUGUUGCCGGCCGGUGCGCUACGUGUAUCUGGUACUUUUUGAUUGUCUUUCGACUAGAAGAAGAAGAAGACGAGGAUGAGGAGGAGGAAGAAGAAGAAGAAGAAGAAGAAGAAGAAGAAGAAGAAGAAGAAGAAGAAAAAGUAGACGGGAAGGCGAUUGCGGGACCAAUUGUUUAUUUCUUCGACGUUUCGAACUCUCGCGUUAGCCUAUCGGAAAAAAAACAAAAAACCGUAUAA